AUGGACGGAGAACUCAGGAGCAGGUUCAAGAGCGUCUGCGUCUUCUGCGGAAGCAACUCUGGGAACAGGAGCGUCUUCAGCGAGGCUGCUCUUGAGCUGGGUCACGAGCUGGUCUUCUCCUCUCGCCUCGUGCUUCUUACUUUCUGGGUGUUCUCUUUAUUUUUUUUUCUGAGAAAUUCGAUCAAAACGGUGUGAAUGGAUUGAUUUUGGAGGAUGGGUUCCGGCUCAGUCGUCGAUUUGAUGUGGGUUUAUUGUUAUUGAAAUCGCGUCUUCUGUCAUUCGUAUGACAGGUAAGAAGAAGGAUUAACCUGGUCUAUGGAGGGGGAAGCGUUGGUUUGAUGGGUUUGAUCUCACAGACGGUCCACAAUGGAGGUUUCCAUGUUCUUGGGUAAGAAACAAUUGGGAGACGGGGACAAUAAUUUCAUAUCCUAUUUAAUUAUUUAUGCAUAUUCAUUAUCUGUUGUUGAACUCUCUCUCUCUCUCUCUCUCCAACAAUCUACGCAGGGUAAUUCCAACCGCGCUGAUGCCUCUUGAGGUGUGCUCGUGCUCCAUUGUCGACUGUUCUUCCUCUAAUUAUGUCCGGGUGAAUGAAUCUUUUGCGUCACAUUAUUUUCCGACAAACUAAAAAAAAACCCUGAAAUUUCCCGGAUAUUUUAUUUUUCAAAUAUUUUCAAUGAAAAGUGACCUUAUUAUCUCAAGCAUAUGACAUCAGUGCUUUAUUCAAAUUAUACAUCCCCAUUCAUUAUUUUCGCCUGAGGUGUGCUCCUAGUUCUUUGCCGAAUGCUCUUCCUCUGUUUGGACUGGAUGAGUAUUUCUCCUCAUAUUAUUUAUCGAUUAAAUAAUAAAAACUAUCUAAUUUUCCUCAUAAGUUUUUUUUCCAGUCUUCUCAGUUGGAAGUGACUUUAAUGUAUCAAGAAUGUUCCAUUGAAAUCCCAGAGCCUAAUCCGACCUAUGGUGCUUGAGAAACUGGCAUUCGAACACUCAAAACUCAUUAAAUGGAGAAUUAUCGUCUAGUGAGUAACAAUUAAGUACCAUAAUUGCCUCAAUAUUUGCAGAUUUCCGGUGAAACUGUGGGCGAAGUCAGGACUGUCACUGACAUGCACGAGCGCAAGGCUGAAAUGGCCAGGCAAUCCGAUGCUUUCAUCGCCCUUCCUGGUUAGGCUUCCACUGGCCUUCAUUCAUAUCUUAAGUAAGAUUUUUUAUUUACUUUAUUUGCAAUGAUAAAGUCUCCGAAUGGUUGGUUAUUUCUUGAGAUCCGAAGGAGGCUACGGAACAAUGGAAGAACUACUAGAGAUGAUAACGUGGGCUCAGCUUGGGAUUCAUAAUAAACCAGUGAGUAAUUCAGCUCUUGAAUUUCUUGUUGCGGCCACUUUUGACUUUAGACAGAAAAAAUUGAUGAUCUUUUGCCGAUGGAUUCAUAGGUUGGUCUAUUAAAUGUUGAUGGGUACUACGAUUCUCUGCUCGCAUUAUUUGAUAACGGGGUGGAGGAGGGCUUCAUCAAUCCAACAGCCAGGAACAUUAUUGUUUCAGCUCCAACAGCCCAAGAACUGCUGACGAAGAUGGAGGUAAUCAUUUCCUUUUAUGGCAUCAAUUGAUGGUCCAAAAGUGCUCCAAACUUGUAAUUUGUGUAUUUGAUACGUUCUUCAGCAGUUUAAUCCGUCUCGUCUGAUUUUCUAAACACCAUAAUCGGGGUAUCUUGCAUGUUCUUCAGCAAUAUGCUCUGUCGUAUUUGAGUUUCUAAACAUCAUAAUUUGAAUUUUUUUACAAGUUCUUCAGGAAUUUACUCCAUUUCGUUUGAUAUCUCUAAGCUUCUUUGAUUUGGGUAUUUUUUAUGUUCUUCAGCAAUGUUCUCUGGGUCGUCUUAUUUUCUUACGUAAUAACUUGGGUGUUUCAUAAGCUUUUCAGCAAUAAACUAUUCGUCUGAUCUUCGAAGCUCGAUAAUUUUCGGUUUUUUUUUCAUUUGUUCAUCAGUGAUACAAAUCGUCUCGUUUGAUCUUCUAAACUUGGUAACCUUUGUGUUUGAUAUGUUUUUCAGCAAUACACUCCAUCUCAUGAGCAAGUCGUCCCCAGUAAGAGCUGGGAGAUUUCUCGCCUCGGCUACACCUCCUGA